AUGACCGAACGGAUCAUGGAAGAUUCAACUAUUCUCAACUCGGCUAUGCAAAAAUCCAUAAAUCCAACUCCUUUGCAGAUGCUUUUGGGUAUCCGAAGCUCGAUUCCGAUGAUACAAGCUGUGGUGAAAGAUGUGUCUAAGGAUCUAGCUCCUUUGCGCAACCGAGAUUUGGAUCAACAGCGAUUAGAGAAAAGGCUAUUCGUCGCACAAAAUUACAAUACUGUGAACAAAAAAGAAGGGACAAAGAGCAAUUUUCAGUCGGUGAUUUUGAACUGA